AUGAACGGACUUCCACCAAUAUCCACCAGUGCAAAUGCAGCAUCUGGUACUAGCAGUGUAUUCAUAGUCGCGCUCAAUCACUUUGCGGCUCCUGAAUUCGACCUGGAAUCAUGGCUUAAUAGCAUGUUGUCGCCAGUGAAUGCAUCAACACCAGCCAGUGCAUCAACCACAGUAGCCAACGAGGAUGUAGAUUAUAUUAUAGAUUCAGAUCCAACAGCACCGUCUUCAUCGUCAGCCGCAACUCCAUCAAUCGACAGACUUGCAUCUGGAAUCUUGUCGCAGCUUGAACAAUUGUCGUUUGAAUUGUCGACGCAACUAGACACUCUAUCAACCACCACUAUAAAUGCAUUGCCGCAAGUCUUGCAUGAUUUGGGUCAGGCCAGAAAGCAGUCGUCCGUAGUGUCUUCGCUGGUCCGUGAAUCCAAACUCGCAAUGUCGAAAAGGCACCAGGAAGAUGAUACAAACGUCACAUUCGAGCAUCUGACUCGUGUUGAUACAGUCAAGACUCGUAUGGAAGCUUCGAAGAAGAUGCUGAAGGAAGCUGAGAACUGGAACACGUUACCUGCUGAAAUGGAAGGCAUCUUUGCUGGUAAAGACCAUCUGACGGCGGCUACUCGCUUACAGGAGGCUCAAAGGUCACUAGUACUAUUGACUGGUGCACCAGACUAUGAAGAUCGUAAAGCCUUGCUCGCCACCCUUCAAAAUAAACUAGAAGCAGCUCUGAGCCCACAACUCGUAACCGCCUUGAACGACCGAGACGUGGACGCUUGUAAAAAGCUAUAUCGUGUAUUUAUGCAGAUUCAAAGGACUGGAGACUUUGCUACUUACUAUUACAAAAGUCGGAAGGGCGGUGUCGUCAAGACUUGGGAAUCAACUUCUCGUAGCGACAAGCUCAUUGAAGGCCUCGAAGCCUUUUAUGAGGAGGUGGACAAAGUAGUUACGAAAGAAGCACAGUGGUUGCCGUAUGUCUUUCCACAUCCAUUGGAUACAUUGCAGGAACUUAUAAAGGACAUCUUUUCCUCAUUGGAUAUGAAGUCUAGAUUGAGUGGUCUUGAGUUGCCAGUCAUAGUCCAGGCUUAUAUUGUUACCGUUGGUUAUGGCUUUAAACUAGAAAAGCUGCUAGCAUCAGUGUCACCACUAGGAGAUACACCAUCGUCACCUGGUCGUGCGGUCGAUAGCAGCCAAUCCCUAGCUGCCAUGUUUGAGCCAUUCCUACAAAUCCAACAAGACUACUCUAUUCGAGAGUCUGCUUUGUUGAUGUCACAACUGUCUGCCACCACAUCAACAUUCACGAAAUCUCGUGACGUGGAGAUUGUACAACCAGCAUUCGACGCAAUAAGACCUCUCGUAUCUCAUAUAGAAGCAGCCAUAACACGUUGCCGAGCCUUCACUUUCGGAUUUGGUGUAAAGGGGUUGGUAGAUGCCGUAAAUUCAUACAUAGAACGAAUAGCUAGUGUUUAUACCAAUGCCGUGCUCAAGUAUCUUGGUGGAGCAGAUAGUGAAUGGGGACAGUUUCAAGUUGGAUUACGAGUACUAGGUAUAUGCUGCACGUUGCUGCAACGACUGUCAGAACUAGAGCCUGGUAUAAGACGGAUUGUAGCUCUUGCUGAAUCGAGACGUGAUACAUCGUCAAUUGACGAAUGUGCAUCGGCCACAAGUAUAUUAAGGGCAUCCACUCUAAAUUCCCUUGCUUUACAAACACUCAUAUCAUCAGCAUCCAACACCAUCUUGGUGCAACUAACACCUAUAGAAACGUUAGCAAAGGCAGCUCAAAAGAGAGCCUUUGAUAUCCUCAUAACACCAAUCCAGAAGCAGUUGGAUGUAACACCGUCAUUGCCAGUAUGGAACGCAUCCGCACCAACUACGUCAUCACCAUUUGGUAUAGAGGUACCUCAAUUCUCACUCAGCCCAUCAUCGUAUGCUACCCGAAUGGGCGAGCAUCUGCUCGCUUUGCCACAGCAAAUCGAAUUAUAUCAGGAUGACGAGGCACUUCGAUGGAAUGUAAAGGAGCUUCCAUAUCUCGCUACUGAAGAAAUUGAGGAACCGGAGGUUGAGCCGGCAUUUUUAUGGAUGACGUGUGUAGUACGAGCUGCUGCUAGUCUCUUUAGUACAUCGAUAUUAAAGAUUGAUAAAUUGUCGCCUCAUGGAUGUUUACAGCUUAAGGAGGAUGUAGGGUAUAUGAUUAAUGUAUUUGCUGCUAUGGAUGUGGAACCUGAUGCCACAUUAGUGGCCGUCAGGAAGGGUGUAGAAGGCAAGGAGUUGUUGAAGGGGGAGAUCAACUAUGAGAAGGUGAAGGCCGUAGUUGACGAUGAGAAUGUGUCUCGUUGGAUGACGCGUGCCCUCGAGCCAUCAUCAUCGCAAUAG